AUGGCCAGCGUGCGGCACGAUGCGGCUGUAGAGAACGCGAAGAAGAGCUUGGAGUCGAUUCUGGAGGAGCUGGCCCCGCCCAACGCAUCCUCCGAGGCGCUUGCGAAAAUCCGCAGCUACCUGCAGCAGCACCCUGUCGACACGCUCAUCCUGAAUGCCGAGGUGCAGAUCACCCACAUCGAGAACCCCGACACCGGCGUCGAGGAGCGUGUGCACCUGAGCCCAAUGGACAUCAAGGACGCACUGAGGCAAGCGCAGCAGCGCAAGAUGAACCUUGUUCGAAUGGGGGCCCGCGGCGACGACCUUGCCUACUGCCGCAUCCGCCGGGAGCAGGCAUGGGUGUGGAAGCUUGUGCAGCCCGAGAUGGACCUUGUCAGUGGACUGACCGGCAUUCCGGCGACGGAUUCUAGCGUUGCGGCGCAACAACAGGAGCAGCGGCAGCACGACGCCAGCGGCGGGGACGGUCAGGCGGACCGCCCGCGCCAGUACCUGGGGAAGACGAAGGAACUGGUCGAUCAUGCCUUUCGCGACGCUGUUGACGCCCACUUCAUCGGCUGGCGCAGCAAGAAGAUUGUGCAGGACAUCCGCAAGGGUCACCCCGUAAAGCUGACCAUUCGCGACUUCCAGAGCCCGGAGGCGGCCGUACACAAGCUGCGUGAGAUGAGCAACGCAGUGAAGGCAUACGCGGAGGAGCAGCACAUUUACCACCACUUCACCAGCAUCGUCGGGAACGAUCGGGAGGCCAGUCUCACCCUUUCGCCGCCGACGGCGAACAAGUCUGGCACAUUUUCCAAGACGGUGAAGCACCCGUCCGAAAAGGAGUGGGCGCACACGCUCAAGAGGAUGGAGGAUGCGUGCCAGAAGGCGGGGCGGAGCGGGACAUACGUUAAGUCGAACAAGCUGAAGAUGCGCAACGUGGGACCCACGACGUACCGUGUGGACAAGUAUGGUCGCCGCGUGGACUAG